CUAACAAUACCAAAUACUCAGAAAGAUCUAUGACAAAACAAUAAAAAAAUAAUACUCAGAAGGAUAGUAAUCUAUCAGUUAUGGUAAAAAAAUGCUCAAAGAAGAUUCAUAGCUGCUCAAUGUCAUGAGAAUUUAAUCUACGCUGUCCAUUCCAGCCUAGCACAAUCAAUUAUUCUCUAGUUUCCAACAUGGAAACAAAAAAGUGUUCUAAAGUGGUAAGUAGGAUGCGAUACACCGGGUCCGCACGUGGUGAUAUGAUGAUUUGAGUUUAACUUGUGAAGGGGCCAAGGGGGACCCAUAAAUCCGGUUGCCUCAGUGGUUCGCUUCAGAAAGGUUAAACCGAAACAUAGCGAACUGUAGAGCGCCAGCUAUCCCCAAAGAAUCAGUGGUGAAGAAUGACAGCCGCGGAAUGUCCUGGCAUCCCGAUCGAUCGCCGAAGAAACAUUGGUGAAAAUGCCAGUGCCCGGCGAGAUGGUUGGAAAAGGGGGAAAGGGAGGUUAAUUUGCAGCAGAGUGACGUACGUGGGAAGUUACAAAACUUGGCGCUCUCUGGAGCUGGCAAGCGGUGGAGAGCUGAAUCAACUUAGACUCUUGAAUUACCAGCUUAUGAACUGGGCGCUACUGUUGUGCGUCAGCUGCAUGAUGAAGGAACUGGGACAUAUACAUUCAGGCUCGUUCUCUUUGGUGUUCUUGGCAGAAGCACAUCAUUCUUUGUAAGGAGAUCUUUGUUUCCCCUACGAAAAACCUAACGUCAUCAUGCUCUGCGAAUUGGGGAGACGCAGGUAAAGGACGUCAGCUUAGGAGUGCCUUUGUUAGGAGUUAAGACGUGUUUGGUUUGCGUCUUUGCGAUAUUUGUUUGAUUUGUGCUUGGCUUUGCAUUUGCUUAGCAAUCCACCACGUUCCACGUCGAGCCACCAUAGUAAAUUCGUGGGCCUUGAACUAAUGGGCUAUUCCAAGAGAGCUUUCCAGCGGCCAACAACGCCCUCGAAGUCCAUAACCCGCCCAUUAUGAAAGCCUUAAUCCGGGAGCCUAAACGCAGAGCGUCAUUAAUAUAGGCUAAAUGUCGACAAUACCCUUCCGGGAAACACUCCCAGGGCCGGAAUUUCAAAAUGGAGCAAAACGGGGUGAUGAAUCUGCUUUAUAUGUGUUCUAGACUAGCUGACAUCGGCGCUCAACUCAUCCUCGGACGGGAACGAAACCACUAUCGUAAAGUGUCCACGCUGGACAAAACCGUGUCCAUCCCGAGUCCCAACCCGCCAGCUGGCACCCUAUCAGCCACGUGUACCCAUCCUCCCCCGCCCUUUAUAACGAUCCCCCUCCCUUCGCCAAUGCCUCCGCUCCAACACCCAAAAAAGAAAAAAAUACAAUUGAAAAUUUUCCCGCGCUGCCUCUCCUUUCAGUCGAGCAACUUUCGUUCCUUUCUUCCAAUUUUUCAAUGUCAGAGUUUAACGGUUACACCGCGUUCUCCUCUCCUAGCCGCAUAACCAAGCAGGAGGAGGACGCCAUCCUGGUGUCCUCCUUCAAGCACGUCAUCUCCGGCGGCAGCAGCGACGACAGGCUCGUCACUGAACAACUAGCCCUCCUCUCCUCCUCCUCGGCCGCUGCUGCAGCGGCCUCGUCUUCGUCGAAGAAGAAGAAGGGGGUGUACAGAGGAGUGAGGCAGCGGCCGUGGGGGAAAUGGGCGGCGGAGAUUCGGGACCCGGAGAAGGCCGCCAGGGUCUGGCUCGGCACGUUCGAGACGGCGGAGGAAGCCGCUAGGGCGUACGACAGGAAGGCCAUCGAGUUCCGUGGGGCCGGCGCCAAGACCAAUUUCCCCGCCGCAGAGUACGGCGCCGGUGGAGGCGCGAUUCAGGAGACGGCACUUCCGGUUCGAGAGGCAGUGGAAACGACGUCGGACGGAGCGGGAGGAGGAGGAGGAGGAGGAGGAGGAGGAGGAGAGGAGGAGGACUGGUUGUUUGAAAUAUUUGAAGAGGAGGAGAUGCGGAGGUUGAUGAUGAUGGACUGAGUUUUAGCGACCAAUAUGUGUGUGUGUUUUUUUUUUGUCACCGUAGGAAAAUAAGUUUGAUAGACAAGAAUUCAUCUUCAUGAUCAUAAUAUAUAUGGUCGUUUUUGAAGGUGUAGAAGCUAGGCAAGAGAUCAGUAUUUGUUUGGUUCUAAUGGGAUUGUGAUAUUCGUUGGUAGAGGUUUCAUUACAAAUAAGAAGCGAUGGUUGUGUGAUGUAUACGUACAGAGUCACAAUCAUCCGAAAUUUGACGAAAUCGCAAAAUGGCAUGUUUGGAGCAGCAAAUUAAUGGCAGUUUGCGCGGUUUUUGAAGGUUUCAUAAAGUUAUACGGAAUAAAAAAAAUAAUCGCUGCGAUCAAAUAACCUAACACAACGCGUUAAGGAUCCUUUGAAAUUUCGACGUAAGUUAGGUGUAGAUCGCCGGACACUCCAACGAUUUUUUUCUCUCUAGCUAGAUCGCUCGAGUCAUUAACCAUCUGGAUGGAUCGCUUUGAUUAGUCGCAAUCUGGAGUGGUUUCGCGCUUUUGUUGAUCGCUAUACAAACUGGUUCGCUCCCUCGCUCCAGCAAGUCCAUCAAUCAUGUACCUUGAUCGUUGAACGUUCUAAUGUUCUACGAUAAACUUGUGUAUUUUGAAAACUUUCAGGUAUGUGUUGGGUAUUGAGAUUUUUUUUCUAAGUCUUGUAUUUUUUUUAAAAACUCCACGAUUUCGAAGGUUUGUUCUAUUUUUAAUGGUCACCAGUCAAAGAGACUAAGUACGCUUCAUUUUUCUGGUAGCUAUCUCAGUCACAGCCAUAGUAAGACCCAAAAUUUCGGCGCCAGAUAGAUUUUAUGUUAUGACGGCCGAGUGCGGCGACUGCGGGGCCCACGUCCAUAACGAGUUUGGUUUUUUUUUUUUUGUCUUUUAGCGCGGGGAGCCACGUUGCUUGGAACUUUCUCGAUUUACUUCCGCCGCUUUCCAACGAACAUUCUUUUUAGUUUCUGUGAAGCAAUUUGGAUGUUUCUCUCAACAAAGUCAAAUCCAACUUAAUUUAGAUUGACUAGUGACUAAUACUGUAUCACUUCAUCUAGUGAUUAGAUUGUAUCGACUCGUGCAUAUAUAUAUAUAUAUAUAUAUAUUCGCUUUUAUCGAUGUUUUAUUCAAACUCAUUAUUCACAAGCUUUUGACGUAAGAGAGUGUCGUAAGAUCCAUAAUUAAUAAACAUUUCACAACAACUCAAGUCAUAGGAACCAAGUCGUUUAUAAAAGUGGUAUAAGCUUCAUUACUGGGAAAAAAACAUGUUAUGAAAUAUGUUCAUAGUUGUGUUUUUUCUAUUUUUGAAUUAUUGCAAUACAAAUGAGACCAUGAAGAGGAUUCGUGGUAGUUGGAGCAAGAAUUUUUCAACCAGCUACUACUUUUACAAGAAUGAAACAUAGCACAUGACAUGAACAAAUGCUGCAAACGGAAAGGCUAAACCAUAAUAUGGAAAAUAUUCUUUUUCGUUGAGCAUGGGAAAUUUUUUAUAGUGUUAAACUACAAAAAUUAGAAUAAAUCUUGUGCAGAUUUAAAAAUUAUAUGUAAAUUUUGUGCAGAUAGAAUAAAUUGGUAAGGCUUUAACCUCUCAUCCUCCAUUAUCCGCACGAGGCUGCCAACAUUAUCGUAGUAAUCAAAUUUACGAUUUCGAAGGUUUGUUAUACUUUUAGGGUCAAUUGUCAAAGAGUCCAGGGACCUUGCAUGGUCGCCAUCACACCAUAGUAAGACCCAAAAUUUCGGCGGCAGAUAGAUUUUAUGUUAUGACGGCCGAGCAAGGUUGUAAAACCGAUUUAUACCAGUGUGCCGAUUUAGCAAGUGGAAUGGUUCGACUGGUGGCACAUACUGGUUUGUGUCGGUUCAUGCUGGUCAAUAUUACAAAUAAGAUUGUAAAUACUCA